CUAGGUUUUACGUCACAAAUCCCGUUUCAGCCGUUGAGCUCCGUUCCUAUUCAUACACACUCAGACUCUUCUCUCUCACAAGAGGGGAAGCUCAAUUCCACACCUUCUCACACACAUUUUUCACCAAUGGCCUCCAAAUUCGGUUUAGCGGGCGGUAUACCGGAGCGGCGGGUCCGACCCAUUUGGGAUGCCGUUGACUCUCGCCAGUUCAAGAACGCACUCAAGCUCUCCACCGCACUUCUCUCCAAAUACCCCAGCUCCCCUUACGCGCUAGCGCUUAAAGCUUUGAUUUUGGAGAGGAUGGGGAAGAACGAGGAGGCGCUAGGUGUUUGCUUAAAUGCCAAGGAGAUUUUGUGCACGAAUGAUUCUAAUGUGUUUGUGGACGAUCUCACUUUGAGUACUCUGCAGAUUGUUUUCCAGAGGCUCGAUCACUUGGAUAUGGCGACCAGCUGUUAUGAACAUGCUUGCACCAAGUGCCCGAACAAUCUUGAGCUGAUGAUGGGCCUUUUUAACUGUUAUGUUCGAGAAUAUUCGUUUGUGAAACAGCAGCAGAUAGCUAUUAAGAUGUACAAGACUGCUGGCGAAGAACGCUUCUUGCUUUGGGCGGUUAGCAGCAUUCUGUUGCAGGUUUGUUGUGGCAAUGGAGGAGAGAAGCUUUUUCAGUUGGCUGAAGGUUUACUCAAGAAACAUAUAGCUACUCAUGGCUUACAUGAACCUGAAGCUCUCAGUGUUUAUAUAUCUCUCCUGGAGGAACAAAAUAAGUAUAAUGAUGCAUUGGAGAUUCUUUCUGGGAAUUUGGGAUCUCUUAUGAUGAUUGAAGUAGACAAACUGCGGCUAAAGGGAAGGCUUCUUGCUAGGGAAGGAGACUUUGCUGCUGCAGCUGAUGUGUUUCAGAGUGUUUUAGAACUAUGUCCUGAUGACUGGGAAUGUUCCCUACAAUACAUUGGCUCUCUGCUGGAAGAUGAUAGUAUCUCGGUCAAAGAUAAUGGUCCUGUUCACACAACAAAAUCUAUCGAGUGCAAGAAUCUUCAUAUGUCCGGGGAAGUUUUUGAUUCACGCAUGUCAAGAGCCGUGAACUUCAUACAAAAAUUAAUGGAAGCCAGUAGUAAUUCUGAAAGAGGUCCAUACCUGGCACUUCUUGAAAUUGAAAGACGGAAGCUUUUGUUUCAGAAAGGUGAUACUGACAAAUUGCUUCAGGGUCUGAUGCAAUAUUUUAUCAGGUUUGGUCACUUGGCGUGUUUCGCUUCAGACGUUGAAGAAUUUCUUCAAGUACUUGAUAGUAAUAAGAAGAGCGAGUUUUUGAGAAACAUAGUGAAGGAGAAUGAAGCGACCACAAUCGUGCCAGCUAAAGCUCUUGGGCAGUCCAUAACUGUAUUCAAAGUCCAGAACUUAAUUGGAAAUUUAAUAGCUCUACCAGUGGAUGAGCUCGAGAAUAAGGCUGUACAAAUGACACAAAUGUUCUGUAACAAUCUUCCACUGUCAAAAGACUUGGAUGCACAAGAGAGCAUGUAUGGUGAAGAGCUUUUACCAAUGGCAUGUAAUAUUUUGGUUCAGCUUUACUGGCGGACAAGGGAUCUUGGCUAUUUGGUGGAGGCUAUUAUGGUUCUGGAGUUUGGAUUAGCUAUCCGAAGAUAUGUCUUCCAGUACAAAAUUUUAUUAGUUCAUCUUUAUUCCUAUUGGAAUUCCCUUCCGUUAGCUUAUGAACGAUAUAAAUCCUUGGAUGUAAAGAAUAUAUUGUUGGAGACAGUAUCUCACCACAUAUUACCACAGAUGUUAGCAUCUCCACUCUGGCCAGAUUUGAAUAUUCUGUUGAGUGAUUAUUUAAGAUUCAUGGACGAUCACUUCCGAGAGUCAGCAGAUCUCACCUUCCUUGCUUAUCGCCACAGGAAUUACUCAAAAGCAAUUGAAUUUGUCCAAUUCAAAGAAAGAUUGCAACGUUCCAGUCAGUACUUAAUGGCAAAGAUUGAAUUGCCAAUUUUACAGAUAAAACAGAACUCAAAUAAUAUUGAUGAAGAGGAGUCCACCUUGGAGAGCUUGGGAUAUGGAACUCACUUUAUUGACCUCUCAAAUGAGAUCGGAAGCAAAUCAUUGACCUUUAAUGAAGACUUCAAUUUACGGCCUUGGUGGACGCCAACUUAUGAUAAAAAUUAUCUCUUAGGACCCUUUGGAGGACCAUCAUAUUGUCCUAAAGAAAACAUGCAAAAUCUGAUCAAGCAAACAGAAGUGGAUGCAGUUAAAAAAAUUGAAAAGAGAUCCCUUCUUCCACGAAUGAUAUAUCUAUCCAUAUAUUCUGCUUCAGUGUCAGUGAAGGAAAACAUUGAAGCCAAUGGUUCCACAGUUGACCCAAAGCUCCCAUUGGAGCUGAAAAUAUUACUUGAACGCUACGCAAAGAUCUUGGAGUUUCCCUUCCGAGAUGCUGUAGAACUUGUCUUUGGGGUAUCAAGCGGCCAGAAGUCCCUAGAGGUACCCAGUAUGGAUAUUAUUGACUGGACUAAUUUCGUUGUCUUUUUGAAUGCUUGGAAUCUAAAGUCUCAUGAGAUUGGCCAAGGCGAUUCUGGCCGUAGCACUUGGAAGCUAGCAAAUACUUUUCUAAGGAAAUAUGUCGAGGAGAUGAUCAAAUCUGCAGGGCCCGUAGUUUCGUCUCCAGGAAACGACCUUUCUUUUCUGGUGCAGCUCGUAACCGAACCCCUAGCUUGGCAUGCUCUAAUCCUCCAGUCCUGUGUCCGCUCCUUGCAUCCUUCGGCAAAGAAGAAAAAGAAAGGUGGAUCUGUUGAGCAAUCAAACUCCCAGCUGCUGAAUGAGCUUCAGAUCUCGAUCCAGUCUCUCCGUGAUACGAUAGAGGUUGUCACAAAAUGGUUGAAAGAUCAGCUCCAGAAACCCCACGACGGGAAAUUCGAAACCAUGUAUUCCAUGGUUCAGAGAGACGACACGUGUGAUGGGCCAGGGAAGGUCUUCAAGAUACUCAGAUCUCCCGUGUCAGCGAUGAAGGAUGCUGAGGUUGGCGAUAGGAUUCUGGAGGCGCUGCAUUCUUGGGACCCUGCUGAUGUCGUGAGGAAGAUUGUGGCCGGGCAGGACGGCCUGCUGCUGGAGCUCCUCAAAAUCUGCGAAUCGAGGAUCAAAUCAUUGCAGGCUCUGAGGAUUCAGUUGUAGCUCAAAACUUCAAAUGCAAGAGUGAGUUGAAUCAUUUUCAGACGUUAUUUUGUAACAGAGGAUCUGAUCUGACUUGAUGAAGUGUUAAAAAACCAGAGUUAAAAGAAGUUGGAAAUUUGAUUGUAUUUAUUUUGGUUGGUUGGUUGCCUAUAUCAUUGAAAAUAAGUGUGUUCUGCAGCUUCAACGAUUUCGUUGAUAAAGCGUCGUUGGUAAACAAACUAACUGACCUCAAUUGUCUAUUUUUUUUAACUUAUUUGAUUAAUUCCAAAUUAGUGCCUUGAUUGAAGCUGGUUUCAUCAUUAACUACUCUGAUGGUAAGGUGUCCAGAUUUUUUGUAUGAGACCCUAUGUAGAGUCAAACACUAAUUAUAUACUAUUAUUAACAGUGUAAA